AUGAAGAAAGUCGCCAGCUUUGUACUUUCCUCGAUUCCUCAUUCUCUCAAUUUCCACAACAUUUCGACCUCGAUUUAGACAACGAAGACGAAGACGAAGACCUCGUGUCGUUGAUCGAGCUCCAGAUCGGCUCCAAUGGCGUCUCAAGAGUAUCUCGACAAGAUGCAGCUCCGCCAGAGCUACCGGAACCUAUGGCACACCGAUCUAUUGAGCACAAUCCAGGCUGAUUUCCCCUAUUGUUGCUUGUCUCUCUGGUGUGGUCCAUGUGUGUCAUACAUGCUUAGAAAACGAGCUCUGUACAAUGACAUGUCAAGAUAUACCUGUUGUGGUGGUUAUCUACCAUGCAGUGGCAAGUGUGGAGAAAGUCGCUGCCCCGAGUUCUGUUUGUGCACAGAGGUUUUUCUAUGCUUUGGUAAUUCAGUUGCCUCAACGAGGUUCAUGCUUCAAGAUGAGUUCAAUAUUCAAACCACUCAAUGUGAUAAUUGCAUAAUUGGGUUUAUGUUCUGCCUACAACAAGUUGCUUGCAUCUUCUCCAUCGUCGCAAUGAUUGUCGGAAGUGAAGAAAUCCAAGAAGCAGCCCAGAUCCUCUCCUGCUUAUCCGACUUCGUUUACUGCACGGUCUGCGCAUGCAUGCAGACUCAACACAAGAUUGAAUUAGACAAGAGAGACGGUGUGUUUGGGCCACCACUACCGGUAAUGGCUCCACCAACAAUGCAACAGAUGUCUCGCAUUGAUCAACCUUUGCCUCCCAAUGUUGGAUAUCCACCACCACCACCACCACCUUCUCAACCUUAUGGACAACCUUAUGGAUAUCCACAACCACCACCACCACCUCCUCAACCAUAUGGCCAGCCUUAUGGAAAUCCACCUCCCCCUCAAGGCCAUGCUUAUGGCUACCCUCCUCCUGCUUAUCCACCACAAGGUUACCCUCCUGCUGGGUAUAAGUGACUUCAAUUCCAUCAUCUCAUUUUGUGACAAAAUUCCAAUUGAAAUACUUCCCUUCUUGUGUUUUUAAUGUGAAAAAUUUCGGUUUACUUGCCGUGUUCGGAUUAUCUGAAUGUUUAACAAGUGUUUGUAUCAUUUUUUUUGUUAUGCUUUUGUAACUAACUCUUUGAAGGUCAAGUUCUUUGUAUCAUGAGUAUAUGCUAUCUGUACUGAGCAGGAUUAUUAAAUUGAUUGCUUAAGCGGAUGAUAACUAUUCAGGUUAUCUAUUUAUGAAGUCAUUUGAUAAACUCA